AAUCUCAAAAACCCUUGAUCAAGAACAGCACUUGGCUCCACCCAAACUGUGCAUGUGGAAACUGUGAACAUUCGUCGGAGGAAAAACAAAACGAACUCAUUAGUCACCAGUUUCCUUUUUGGAAUCAGCACAAUCUAAAUAAACCAUGAGCAGCGAGUCUGUGGCGGUCGUUCUGUCUGGCUGUGGCGUUUAUGAUGGAACGGAAAUUCAUGAAGUGGCUGCGGUAUGUGUAGCCCUCAGUAAACUCGGGAAAACGCCAGUGUUCUACGCCCCUGACAAGGUCCAAUUCCACGAAGUCAACCAUGUGAAUGGAUCAUCGGAUAAUGAGACGAAACGGAACGUCCUUGUGGAAUCGGGGAGGAUCGCCAGAGGCAAGGUGCUCGCUUUAGGGGAACUUCAAGUGACUAGUGCCGAUGCUGUGAUCUUCCCUGGAGGAUUUGGAGCGGCCAAAAAUCUGAGCACGUUUGGGGUGAGCGAAAAUCCUGUUGUGGAUCAGGAAGUGGAACGGGUGCUGGUUGAAUUUCAUGAGGCGAAGAAACCCAUUGGUUUGUGUUGUAUCUCUCCUAUAUUGGCGGCCAUGGUUUUUGGCGGCAAAGACAUCAAGGUCAAGUUGACACUUGGCAAGCAAGGCGACGGAUGGCCUUUCGGUGGAACCUUGGACAAAGCCAAAGAAUUUGGCGCAGAGGUCGUUGAGAUGAAUGUGAACGAGGUUUGUAUCGAUGAGGAACAUAAGAUUGUGACCUCGCCCGCCUUCAUGUACGAUGGGAAGUUCCAUGAAAUUCAAGAAGGUGUUACCCAAAUGGUCAACGCCGUGGUCGAUCUGAUUUAAUCAUUAUUGUACCACCCGGGAGUUACAAUAACUUUUUAGCCUUUACCAGCAUGUGCAACAUAGUGAACAAAUGGCCCUAAUUGCCGCAGCUACUCAUAGUCAAAGUUGAAGAGUUUGAUUUUCCUGUUUUGAAAUGUGGACGAGUCACAUGUUAUUCGAAAGGGUACUUAAUUGUGCAUGGAAGUACCCCAUUCGAAAUGGAAAUUUACAACAGGCAUUGAACUCAUAGUUGCUUCUCGAUUUGGUCUCAGUAUUCCACACGCAUAUACUCAUAACCAAAAAUGUUCAUAAUAAAAUAGCAAUAACUUCUUGUAAAA